AGUGGCAGUCCGCGAUCGCAACGGUACACCCGCCCGCUCCCGAGUACCACGUCCUACUUUCACUUUCCUAGCUCAGUGCAGAAGUACGUGCAUCAUAUAGACAAAUCGGCGCCUGAAUAAAAAUGGCAGCAGGCGAUGUCACUCGCCGGGCUUCUAUCACAGCACCAUCUAUGCAUAGACGGCCGUCAGCACGCCGCGGUUCUCUCAUCAAAAAUCCGCAAACGCAAUCACAGGAAGUGCCGUGGGACAUCAUAGACCGAUGUGCGCUUCCAAUAGUGUUGUGCCAUGCUUUUGCCGUCGUGCUGUCAACUCUCCUAAAUGCUUUGCAUCUUAGCCAAGUAUCCGUAUUCACCCUCUUUCUCUGGUUUUCUAUAUCUGUCACUGGAUCGCUGUGGUUUUAUCACAACCUACAGGUGACAGCUGCCGGCAAAGCUGUGCUGGUAACAGGAUGCGACAACGUUUUAGGAAAUGCCCUUGCUCGAAGGCUGGAUGACCUGGGCUACCAUGUAUUCGCUGGAUUCCAGAAUAAGGCUGGAAACAUCGAUGCUGACAUGCUUAAAGAAGACUGCUCAGGGCGCUUACAUACCCUACAGCUCGACAUUACAUCUGAAACACAGAUUUUGUCAGCCUCGUUGUACAUCGUAGACCAUCUACCAGAGGGCGCUCAAGGGUUGUGGGCGAUUGCAAACUGUGAGUCGUGGUGUGCUCUCGGCGAACUAGAGUGGGUGCCUUUUUCAGUAAUCCGCCGGGCUAUGGACGUUAAUCUCUUAGGUCCUGCUCGCUUAGUACAAGUAAUGCUGCCGCUGGUAAGGCGUGCACGAGGUCGCAUUGUGAUGGCAUCGUCCAUUUUAACUCAUGUCGCCGCUCCCGUUCGUGGCGUCCACGCAGCGUCCCUAGCUGCUCUUGAAGCGCUCGCUGCUUGUCUCCGACGGGAGCUUAAACCACGUGGGGUCGAUGUUGUAGUAGUUGCUGCAGGAGAAUAUACAACUGGCAGUGCGUGGUUGUCAGAAGAGAAACUUCUGGAGCAAGCUCGUGACAUGUGGAAGAGACUCAGCGAUGAACAAAAAGGCGCAUACGGUGAAGAUUAUUUCGAGCAAGCACUUCGAAGUCUUGAAAAGUAUACAAAGAGCGCUGAUGCUGACCUCACUGCAGUUACUCGUGCUCUAAGUGACGGCGUGACCCGCACAUUCCCUCUGGCCCGCUAUACUCCCGUAUCGCCCCGUGAGAAGCUAAAGUCCUUACUGGCUGAGCAUCUACCUCGCUCUCUUUAUGAAGGACUCUAUACUGAUUAAACGAUUUGACUUUACACGAAAUAAGUUCGAAAGAUUCAAAUUUUCACCAUGUUGCUACAAAUAGCCUUGCAAUUAAGGUUUAAUUCAAAUAGGGAUCAGCUCUUUAUAAUAUAAUUGUCUUAUAACUUGAAAGGGUCGAAUAACUUGAAAUUAUUAUCUUAAUUUCCUUGUUGUCUUCAAUUAUACUCCUAGCAACUACAUCAAUACUCUUCAUCUAAGGCGGUUGUUAAAGUUAUUAAAUCUGAUGGAAAUAUUUAAUUUCAAUAUUAUAUCGCCUUGUUUUCUCUUCAACCGACUUCAAAAAAGGAAGCGGUUCUCGAUUCGACUGUAUUUUUUUAUUUGUUUUACCUCAGAACUUCUUUCUAGAUGAACCGAUUUUGAUGAUUCUUUAUUUUAUAUGAAAACUGGUGCAUCUCAUGUGGUCCCAUUCUCAUGUGGUAAAUUUGAUCGAGUAGUGGUAAUCUGACCAGUAGUUUUUGAGUAAUCCUUAAUAAUGCGUAUUUAAUUGAGUUCGACUACGUUGAUGAUGUUCUCAUUUUAUUUAUAUUGAAGUCAGUUGUAAAUUUUUUUAAUUUUACUACAUGUCAUUUUACUACGUGCAUUCGUAAAUGCAAUAAUUGGUUUCUCAAAACAAUUUAAAUAAUUUUUUUUUGCGGAUAUCUGAUGUUUUCUAUUUAUUUAUUUGAAAAGCUUGUUUCUUACUCAUAAAAAUGUUAUUUUAAUAAUUUUUAUGUACUUUAAAAUAAGAUCUGUAACUCUAUAUAUGAAAAAAAAUUAAGACGAAACAGUCACCUUUUUAAAAUAUAACUAACUAUAAUUAACAUCCAAUAUAAAUUAUUUUGCAAAAAAUAAGUUACGGUUGUGUACAAUAUUUUAAUUAAAAAUUUUUUUUACUCUACCUAAUUUAAUGUGUUUGGAAGAAAGUAACAAGUUAAAUUAGAAAAUACAGACCAAUACUAUUUUGGAAAUUGUUUUAACAACCAGGUUUCGUAAAAUUAUACAUAUUACUGUAUUUUUUUAAAUAGCUAUCUUGAAUUAUUUUAAGAUGCCACGAAUGGAAUCAACCUAUAAUUUUUUCAACUAUUGAAAGCUUGAUUAUACAUAAGAAACGUUAAGUAAAACUGAAGCUUGCUACGCAAACUAAAAAUAAUCCAUUAACUGAUUAAACAUAAAAGUGGAAUAUAAACUCGGCCGCCGCGCCGUGUAUUUAAUGCUGGAUGUACGUAUUAAUUUAAAAUUCAAAAAGAAAAAUUUGUAGAUAAAACAUAAUGAGGAAUUUCUAUUAGGAACUAUUAGGAAUUUCUAUAUAACAAAAUAUUAAAAGUGUGCCAGUCAAAAGCCUUUCUACAAAUAGUAUUUUUAGCUAAUAGCAAACCUUUUAUAUAUUUAUUCUCAAUCUCGUCUCAUAUGAUUAAUAUAAGAGAUUAAUUUAUAAGUAUCGUCGAAACAUUUCAACAAUAUUUCAAUAAUUAAUAAGUCAUUUUACGUAGGUAUAUUAUUAUUACACAAAUAACACUAACAGUAAUUGAAUAAAGGUGUGAGGGCGCAAAAUUAAUGUGCAUGAAAUCACGCGCGUACUGAGAUCAACUGAUAACAGCAAAAUGACAUGUAUAAAAUCUAAAAAUUACACAAUAUGUGUCAUAACUACUAUUUAAACUUAAAUAUCAGCAUAAUAUAUAUAAUAUAUAGCAUUAGAUAUAUUUUGAAAUAAAAAGAUUUGCAAAAAAUACUAGGUACGUAGUGCUUUUUCCUUGUUAAUAUUUCGUGUUUUAUUUUACUUAUAAUAAAUUGCUAUUUCUUAUGUUAACUCAAACACCAUACUUGAAUCAAACUAGUAUAACUGAUUUUAUCGCGAUUCAUUAACAUUUUCGAGUGCGUUACAACACCCCUGGUCACGGGAAGGGGGACUGAGUUGUUAAGGCGUUGGCGUGAUUAAAUCUGUAAAACUAGUUUCAUAAAAUUGAAUUUGUUCAUUAAUUAACCCUAAAUAAGUAACAUUUUUACGUAUAUUUUUACUAUCCAUAUCUUAUAAUAAGCUAAUAACGGCUGUGUAGUGGCAGUGUAAGAAUAUUCACUACAUCAUGUCAUCUAGUGAGUGUCAUAAAUUGUGACAGAGGGAAAUAAAACGGAACAUGAGCAGCAGUAGAAAAUAAUUUAUAAAACCUGUGGUUACUAAGACACCUUACCAAGGGUGGCUACUAUCCUCCUACAAGUUAUUGUGCCAUACACAAUGUAGUCUGAACUGAUGAUAUAGAUAUUUUUAAAGUUGCAUUGAUAUAGAAAAAUGUAAAUCAGCACGUGUGACUGACAGCACAAAAAAAUAAUGAACACUGCGCAAAUUAAUUACAGUACGUAAUAAUCUACUUGAUAAAAAUAUGUUAAAUAUGUAAACACAACAGUUAUUGUAUACAAAGAUCUAGUCAUUGUUUAAAUAUAAACUUGUUAAAAAAUUUAAUAAGAGAAUUUUACAUAAGUAGAAAACAUAAAGUAUAUAUUGUAACUAUUAAAUUAAAGAGUUGUAGCUGUACUAACUAAAUGUGAAUAUUAUAUGUUAAACUAUAUAUAAAUUUUGCUUUUUCAUACUAAGUCAAAUUGUUAUAUAUAUUUUUACGUGGUAGAGCCAUGCUGCAGCUAAAUUACAGGUGUAGUUGUAGCACGAAUGGGUCGGCUCGACCGGGGAAGGAUCACGCUCUCACAGAAUGCCAGCGUAAAAUAGCAGCUUAACGCUGCUGUGAUUCGUAUGGUACGUUGAGAGAACCGGAGACCCUUUUUACUGGAAACGAGGCACUCCAUCUUAGUCCUAACGGGUGACAACGCAUCUGCAUUUUGAUUCGUAAUCGAGGAUAGAUGUAGUUGUCUAUGGGCCAUAGCAACCACUUACCAUCAGGUGGACUGUGUGCUCGUUUGUCACCCUUAUUCUAUAAAAAAUAUUUUAGAUGUUUAUUUCGGAAUAUUAUUUGAAUUUAUGCAACUGAUAACAAUUUAAAAAAGGGUUGCGAGAAUUAUUUUACAUUUAUCUAAUUAACUCGAUCUUAUCUUACAUAUUGGAAACUACAUUCAUUUUAAUUAAUGUAUAAUAUAUUAUGUUUGUACUUUUAGAUUGUGCUUAUAUCAUCACGAUAUGUUACAUUUUUGUGUGCAUUUAAAUUACGUAAGCGUUCCUGUGUAUUUUUGAGUGGCGAAUAUGUACAAUUUGUGUAUUAUAUUUAUUAAAACAUAUGAACGAG